GACCGGAAUGAACGAGAGGCGGGGCCGGGAAAGUGGUGCAUCGGGUAACAUUAGGACCCGGCUGAGCGCGACCUUCACUGUAUGUUUGUGAGGGAGGGAUACAGUCCGGAUGUAUUAUGAUAUCAUCUCGAUGUGCACCAGGAACGUUCCCGUUGGCAGCGCCGCGGCUGCUGUUACGGUCCUACCCUUCAUUUGCAUUCAUUCGGGACGGCCUGCCUGAAUUAAAUUGCUGCUUAUCAUGUCGCAGUGCCAAUUUGAGAGUCAUGAGAAGUGGCCGUAAGGGACGGAGACGGGCCGUCAAGUGCGUUGAAUGCUACAGGAUAGUCUUAAUGGGAAUCAUCAUCUGUUGCAGUGGUCGAGGAGUGUCUCGUGCACAAGUCGCCCGGGGUCAAAAUCCGGCACUGAUGAGUUGGGAGAUCCCGGCUACAUUGAGGCCACCGUGGGCGGACUGACGUUGAUAGAUUGUCAAGGUUUGGUUGGACCUUACUUCAAAUUGUAUCGACCGUUCUGGGUGCAGGAGAUGAUCUAGUCGUCGAGGAGCGCGU